AUGACCAGCGACGACAAUAGCCACUUGAUGCAUGUUCGGAUGCUGCUCCAGUUCCAUGCCAAGGACAUCGGCGCCGAGGCCAUCAUCAGGUAAGCCCAGCCCGUCGGGCAGGGACCCUCUCCCGGGGACGAGGCCGCGGGCCGGGCCGGAGUCGGACCCUCGUCUUCCUGCUCCUCUCCUCCUCUUCCCGCAGGAUGUUCGCAGCGCACCCCACCACUAAGACCUACUUCAUGCACAUCGACAUCGCCCCCGGCGCCUUCGACAAGCUCAGCGACCUGGACGCCCAGAAGCUGCGCGUGGAGCCCGUCAACUUCGCGGUGAGUCGCUCUCGCUCCCCGUCGGGGCACCAAGCGGGCGGGCGGGCGGGCUGGAUCCCUGCUUAGCUCCGCCCGAGGCCCCGUCUAACGCUCCCCCUCCGCCUCUCCCGCAGCUGCUGGGCCGCUGA